CGGGGAAUCACGUGAUUCUAUUUGAUGUUAAGCACGAGAAAAUGGCGUCGAAUCCUUCUCGAUUCAGCGAAAAUUAGCCGUUAAAUCAGGUAUUAUUUUUUUAUUAUUGCAUAUUUCAACUUGCGACCUAGCCCACAACCUGGCCAUUCGGACGCGCUUUCCGAUGCUGUAUGGAACAACUAUCAAAAGCUCCUGGAUUAUUAGAACACUUCGACCAAAAUUUUGAUCGGCCAGAAGUGGGCGAUGGUGUUUUACAUGAACGUAACACUUUUUUACCGAAAUCUCCUCUGUAUGACUGCCAAGUGGAGAAAAAUGGAGAAGUCCGAAGACGGAUUGAUGUGCCGUUACUGUGGCCGCCAAUUUAAAAGUAAAUCAGGCCUUUCAAACCAUGAAAACAGACACAAUGACCAAGCUCCUUACAGAUGCUGUGGCCACAAAAUCUACAGCAGAGCAAAUUUAAUGAGACACAGAUGCGCUGUGCAUAAUGAAGUAAAACAGUUCGCAUGUAAGAAAUGCGAUAAAACAUUUGCCAUGGAGUCUGACAUGAAAAGGCACGAACGGUCCCAUGAGCAGCCUGCAUUCAAAUGCACAAUUUGUGGAGUAGAGACAAAGUACCUGCAUAGAUUUCAAGACCACGUGGCUGCACAUGACAGUGUAAGAAAGUAUAGCUGUAAAUGUGGGAAAACUUACAAGUACAGGUCUAAUUUACAAAGACAUAAGGCAUCAUGCAAGUGAACUAUUAUUUCGGGACGUCCUGUGAAAUGACAUGUUCUACAUAAAACAUUGUAUUUUAAGUUCAAUUUUUCCGAUUUGCUAGAUGUAGUGAUUUUAAUUUACAGUGUCAUAAUACACUGAAUUUAUAACAGACAUAGGUACUGUCUUCUUUAAUAACAAAAUGCUCAAGGUAAGCUAUUAUUACCUCUGUUUGUCCGGUGUCGCCAUAUGCGUCCUCAAUCAACUUUUGCCAGGUUAAU